AUUUGAUUCUAUUGAUUCGAGUUCCCGGGCGACGUUGCAACGGCGCAUGCUCGAAAAGCGCUGGGAAAAUUCGCGACUACGGCUGCUGAAGGUCCUGUUGGUUUCAAAUACUUAAGUAAUUCGACAACUGCCUAAGAUGGGUAAAGAAAAAACGCAUAUUAACAUCGUGGUAAUCGGCCACGUGGACUCCGGCAAGUCCACCACCACCGGACAUCUCAUCUACAAAUGUGGUGGCAUCGACAAACGCACCAUCGAGAAGUUUGAAAAGGAAGCCCAGGAGAUGGGCAAGGGAUCCUUCAAGUAUGCUUGGGUAUUAGACAAGUUAAAAGCAGAGCGUGAACGUGGUAUCACGAUCGACAUAGCACUGUGGAAGUUUGAGACUGCCAAGUACUAUGUGACAAUCAUCGAUGCGCCCGGACAUAGGGACUUCAUCAAGAACAUGAUCACUGGCACUUCUCAGGCGGAUUGCGCUGUUUUAAUAGUGGCUGCAGGGACGGGAGAAUUUGAAGCGGGCAUCAGCAAGAACGGGCAGACGCGCGAACAUGCGCUCUUGGCGUUCACGCUCGGAGUCAAGCAGCUGGUGGUGGGCGUCAACAAGAUGGACUCCACCGAGCCACCCUACCACGAGGCUCGCUACGAGGAGAUCAAGAAAGAAGUGUCCUCUUAUAUAAAAAAAAUCGGCUACAACCCGGCAACCGUGGCGUUCGUGCCCAUCUCGGGCUGGCACGGCGACAACAUGCUGGAGCCUUCCGACAAAAUGCCGUGGUUCAAGGGGUGGACUGUCGAGCGCAAGGAGGGCAAAGUCGAGGGAAAAUGUCUCAUCGAGGCGCUGGACGCGAUCCUGCCGCCGUCGAGGCCCACGGAGAAGCCGCUGCGGCUGCCACUGCAGGACGUGUACAAGAUCGGCGGCAUAGGCACCGUGCCUGUCGGCCGCGUCGAGACCGGCAUCCUCAAGCCCGGCAUGGUGGUUGUAUUUGCGCCGGCCGCCAUCACCACCGAGGUGAAGUCUGUGGAAAUGCACCAUGAGGCGCUGCAAGAGGCGAUGCCUGGCGACAACGUCGGAUUCAACGUCAAGAACGUGUCAGUUAAGGAGCUGCGCCGCGGCUACGUGGCCGGCGACUCCAAGAACUCGCCCCCCAAGGGCGCCGCCGACUUCACCGCGCAGGUGAUCGUGUUGAACCACCCGGGACAGAUCAGCAACGGCUACACGCCUGUGCUGGACUGCCACACGGCGCACAUCGCCUGCAAGUUCGCCGAGAUCAAGGAGAAGUGCGACCGCCGAACCGGCAAAACUACAGAGGUAGAUCCCAAGUCGAUAAAGUCUGGCGACGCGGCGAUUGUGACGCUGGUGCCGACCAAGGCGCUGUGCGUGGAGUCGUUCUCGGAGUUCCCGCCGCUCGGCCGCUUCGCCGUGCGCGACAUGCGCCAGACCGUCGCCGUCGGCGUCAUCAAGAGUGUCAACUUCAAAGAAGUUACCACUGGAAAAAUCACGAAGGCGGCCGAGAAGGCCCAGAAGAAGAAAUAACUAUGGAGCAGCUUAAAUAUAUUAGUGCAGGCGGUAAACAUCGUCCGCUGCGCAACGCCUCGUUCCGUCGUGCUCCUCUGUUCGGUUCCGGUCACCCCCCCACACCCCGCCGCCAGGGCGGGCCACUCCCACGUAGCCUCCCUUACCCAUCGGAGCUUCUUCACUGGUGACAUCACGCUCAUCCCUCAAUUAUGCAUUUAUCAUAGCACGAUAUUGUUAAAGUUAGUUCGUUUUAGUUACGCUUACGUGUUAAGUUUAUGUAUUUGUGAUUAUUUUAGUCGUAAGUUACUCUCGAAGUUUGAGUUUCCAUAUCUGCAAGCUCGUUACGUUUUGUUUUUUCAUCGCAAGGAGUUCAGAAGGAAAACCAAUGGUAUUGUGGUUGAAUUGUUAAGCCACGUCACAACUCAAAAAUCGCUAACUCGCACGACUAAAAGCGAUUUUUCUUCAAAUAUUUCAUUUAUGCUGAGCUCAGUCUCAUCAAAAACUCUAAACAUCAUAGGACUAUUAUAGCAUUUAACCUCUUUUCUGUCCAAUUGCUAGAUGUAAAGUUAUCAUUAUUAUAUU